AAUCUCUCUUUAGAAUAGAAUACGCGUUCAGACCGAACGGACAUAUGAAUAUUUUUUGUGAAAGAAAUUCUGGGUCGUGCUUAUUUGUGCAUUUUGAACCAUUUGAUUUUUAUUUUAUCAAUUAUUAUUCCGUCGCAUUGAUAAAAAUUAUUCGAGCGUGAAAGUGAAUGCAUUAUAUACCUUUACAAAAACAAUUUGAAUUUUUGAUUCAACCGUGUAUCGAGAUUUUUAUUGAAAAUUUUUAUUUUCGUAAAAGUCGUUGGAACUUAAAAUUGAGUUUGUAGUGAAUGGGACUUUGCGAAUUUCGUUGUUAACUAUAUUUCGCAAAAGUGUCCGAAAUAAACACAGCGAUGGAUAUACAUUCGGACAAAGAAUCGUCGCCAAUAUUCAAACUGUUUACGCCGCGAACCGCUUCGAAAGAAAAUGGAAAUAUCAACAAAACAACGGAGAAUACCACAGCCACGCAAACGAGUCAGUUAACCAACAAUGAUUUUGAUGAUUGCUCACAACUUCCGGACGGAUUAAAGAAAUGCGUUUCGACCGUACUUAUUGGUAAACCUCUGGACGAUCCAUUCUAUGCGAACAAAGAGACAUUUGUCGUUGUCAACAACAACAAACAAUUAUUUCGAUUCUCCUCUACAAACGCAUUGGGAAUGUUUGCGCCAACCAGUGCUAUUCGAUCGAAUGCCAUUCGAAUUAUAACUCAUCGAAUUUAUGCGAUUUUUAUGGUGCUCAUGAUUUUAACAUUCUGUCUAAUGAAUGCUACUGUUCGGCCGACUCUUUUCGAUCUACGCUACUUUUUGAUCGUAUUUUUGUUGGAGUCUAUACUGAAGAUAGUAUCACAUGGACUAAUUCUAUCGCCAUUCUCCUACUUAAGAAACGGUUGGAACAUCCUGGAUGUCGUUUUAAAUAUUUUGUUGCUCUGCGGAACAUUCUACUUAUCCGAACUAAGAAUUUUGAAAAUUAUUUCUUAUUCGCUGAAUCUGCGUAGGACCGUUAGACUGUACUGGUCGUCAUGUAAAUUAUUGAAAGAUUUUAUUAUCUACAUGGCUUUAAUGAUAAUGAUACUCGCGACGGUAUUGCUUCAAGUCUAUAUGGGGAUAUUGACUCAGGCUUGCGUUAAAGAAGGACACAUUUUUGAGUUAAAUAAUGAGGAUAAAUUGUGUGGAAACUCAUCUGGCAGUCAAGAAUGUCCAUAUUCGUACACUUGCAUGCACGAAAGCAUACCGAAUCCCGAUUUCGGUUAUACCAACUUUGAUAACAUAUUCAGUUCAAUUCUGUCGACCUUUCGAUUGAUAACGCGAGACUUCUGGGAACAUCCGCUGCAAAUGGUGUUGGCCACAGCUGGUCCAUGGCACAUUUUGACUUUUAUUGUAAUUAUUUUCAUCAUUUCGUAUCAAGUACUAUCGUUGAUUUGGGGACAGAUUGCUGUGUCGUAUAAUUAUAUAAGACUUGAACGAUGGGAACAGAAAUUGAUUGGCGAAGAUGUUGAUGCCGAAGAUACGGUGUCACAAGUAACGAAUAAUGACAAAUCUCCUGGAUGCUGGUCGAAAUUCCAACGAGCUAUCUUCUUCAUAAUCUACAAUCCAUUCGUUGUUUUGUUCGUAAUUAUUUGCAUAAUACUGAACACAUUGUUCAUGGCAUUAGAUCAUCAUGAUAUGUCAAGAGAAUUCGAGAAAGUUUUACAAUAUGCGAAUUAUGUCUUCGUUAUAGUCUUCAUCAUUGAGGCGAUUAUGAAGUUGCUUGCGCUGGGUGUCAAACGGUAUUUCAAGGAUGAAUGGAAUACAUUUGAUUUCAUCGUCACCGCGCUUGGUGCAAUGGAACUGGCUUUGGAAGGUCUUCAAGGCUUAUCCGUGUUUCGUUCAUUCAGAUUGCUCCGGCCGUUACGUCUCGGUAAAGUUGUACCCGCCUUUGAUUUAAUAUUAACACGUAUGCAGCAUUUGUUUUCGGUUGUGUCCGGUCAAACAAUUAUUUUCUUGAUGGGCAUUUACAUAUUCACCGUAUUUGGAUAUCAUCAAUUCGCACAAGAUUAUGCGAACUUUGACUAUGAAGAUGCAGGUGACGAACAGACACUAUGGCGAUUCACAGAUAUCAUGCACUCCUUCAUGGUUGUUUUCAGAGCACAGUGCGGUGAAUGGAUUGAAACUAUGUUUUUGUGCUUGCAAGUGGCUAGCAAUCGUACAGUAUGCUUUAUCUACUACUUCAUUUUGGUUACCGUCGGCAGUUUUCAAAUAAUGCACAUAUUUACUGCGUUGUUGUUCACCAAUGACGAUUCAACAGCCAUAUCAACGAAGAAGUCGCAAAGAUUGUUUCAGAAAACGGCAGAACCCAAAGAGAAAUUUCAGUUACAACCAUUUUUGAAGGAAAAAUUACUCGAACCGAGUGUGAAGAAAAUUUACGACGAAUAUAAACCUAAGAAAGACAUUGAGUCGGUUGGUGAAAAUCAAACCGCUAAAAUGGUAACAAAGGCGCCAAUAGAAGAUGACGUCAGUGAAUCCAUCGACAACACAGACACAUCUAUUCCGAUCGAGCCAUCAUCUACGAAUAAUCAACCUUUCAGUUUGAAACGCGACAAAAGAAAAUAUUUCCAACACUGCGUCACACUGGGUAUACUUGCGUCCAGUUUCUCUUUAGCAGUGGAAUAUGGUAUCCACGCUGAUUCUCAACCAACUCUUCUGAUGGUUUCUCUGUAUAUUGAUUUUCUGUUCAUUGGACUUUUGAGUAUAGAAGUUGUGACGAAAUUAGUCGCACGUGGAUGGAAAUUGUGCAUUACAGACAUUUGGUAUUGGGUUGAUUUGUUCAACUUAAUUAUUUCAAUCCUUGAUAUGCUUUUCCAAAGCGAAGCGAUAGCAGUGCUUGCAUCCCUCCGACCACUAUCUUUGGUGUCGCGGUUCCAUGGACUGAAUAUAAUCACAAAUGCUAUACUCAAACAGAUGUGGUUCCUUGUCAAUACACUCCUAGUUUGUCUGGCAUUUUGGUUAAUUUUUGCUAUAAUGGGAGUGCAAUUGUUUGGUGGAAAAUUCUAUACCUGUGUGGACGAGAAUGGUAUUAGAGUGGAAUCAGUCGAAAAUCGGACAGAAUGCAAUGAACCAUACCAUUGGGUAAAUGCAUUUAUGAAUUUCAAUGAUGUGUUCGACUCGUACUAUAGUCUACUGCAAGUUAGCUCGUUUAAAGGUUGGAUUCAAAUAAUAAGUAAUGCUGUGGAUUCAAGAGAUGUACACACUCAGCCCAUGGAUGAGGUCAACAUCUACAUGUUCUUUUACUUUGUCAUUUUCGUUGUAUGCGGUGUUUUCGUGUGUACAAACGUAAUUGUUGGAAUGCUAGUUCAACAUAUGAUGCAUUUCGGUUCAUUGACUCAAUUGCUGGAAAGAUCCAAAUCUAAGUCAGAUGAAUCGAAAGACAAAGAUGCCACUGAUCAGAAUCCAUCCUAUUCGAAAUUCGACAGUUUUGUGCGGAGUCGUGCGUUUGAACUUAUUGCACUUGGAUCUUAUAUUGUCUACAUUAUAGUAUUGAUGUGCGAUCACUACCAUAUGUCAUCGGAAUCUAACGAUGCUUUGAAUUACAUUCAUCUCGUUCUAAGUAUUGUCCUUAUUAUCGAAAUCGUUGUUCGAGCAUCUGCGUACCGUAAAGAAUUUGUCAACAAUUCCUGGAAUCGGUUCGACGUGGUUUUACUCAUUUUUGCAAUAAUCGAUCACGUUUUCGCAGAUAUGACUGCCAAAUAUUUCGUUUCUACAUCGUUACUGCGAGCUGUGAGGAUCGGCCGCUUCAAUGGACUAAUUGCGUCAUUCUCAAAAAGUCUGGCACGAUGUGGAAAGGUGAUCACCAGAACGUGGAAUACAGUCUCAAUGCUGUAUGUGCUCCUGCUGUUGGUCAUUUUUGUCUAUUCAUUGAUCGGAAUGGUUUUGUACCAAGACGAGAAAAUCGAAUUCGGUUCUGUUGACAUCCUCAAUUUUGAAACAUUCGGACACAGCGUUAUAUUAAUGAUUCAAAUGAGCACUGCAGCCGGUUGGGACGGUUUAUUAGUGCAAUUAUCUGAAAAGCAUGCAGUAUCUGCUACUCUGUACUUACUGUCUUUCUUAUAUAUUGUGUCCACAAUUCUUUUGAACGUAAUGCUGGUGAUUGGUUUUGAAUUCUACAAAGAGCUAACGUCCGUUGAAGAUGAACGGCAACAGUUAAAAACAGAUGAUUUGAACGAUUUCAACGAAAAAUGGAAAAUGUUCGCUCAAGACAAUCUUAAGUAUGUAACGCAAAAUCGUCUCGGUGAUUUCUUCAGAUCGCUAAAUGAGUCGUCAGCAUUGCGUCCUGCUGAAUUUGACGAAAAAGAAUUUGCAUUGUUGGGCGUCGACACGAAAAAAGAAAACAAUUACAAUCGAUCCGCGUUGUUAGUUGCACUCAACAGAAUGCGUUUGAAUAAACACUAACGAUUCCACUGCAACUGGUGGGUACAGAUAUGGUCUAUAAAAAGGUUCUAUUUAACUCAAUUCAAUUUUAUUUUUGCACGCUAUGAAUGACACUACCGCAAAGUGUUUUCGUAAUUUAAUUUUACUUUAUCAUUAUGUUAGAACACAGAUCUGCCAAACAGAAUGUUAAAUAAAGAUAUGAAAAAUGAUUG